AUGAAACUGGGGUCCUAUUCUUCCGCCAAGGCGUGGGGGAACAGGCACCAGUCAGCUAUCGGUGAGAGGAAUCAGGCCAUCAAUGAGGUGGUUAUCGCCACAAAAGGCCUGUUGAACCGCUCCAACCAACUGAUCCACACGUCCCACAACAUCACGGUGAACUCCAAGAGCACGGCCGAGAAAACCCUUGCAGCAUUAACUGUUGCUCACAAGCAGCUAGAGCGCACAAAGCAAUGCCUCGACAACGGGGCCCUCACUCCUAAGGCGUUGCAGCGUGCAUCUGCCAGUAUAGUCCAGCGGGUCGGGCGUUCCGAGCCGUGUAUCGAUGCGUUCCAGCGGAUCUUUCCGCCUGAAGAAAUCGGUGGAGCGAUUGUCUGGUCUCCUAAUGCGGCAGCACGAAACAUCCAGACAGCAUUGCCUUACAAAAUCAGGCACCAGUCCAGACUCUAUGAUUACAACACAAAGCAAAGCUCCGAGGGUUCUCCUUCCCGCACUUCCGUUCAGCUUUAUAAUACAUACGCCUCUCGUGUUCCGCUACGUUCAGCUGCGUCUUCAAACAAGCAGCUGAUCAAUCUACACCAAAAUAUGGCACAGAAGGCCGUGCUUGACCACGUAGAAAUAAACAGGUCCCUCAUUGGGCACCUGGUCGAGGCUAAAGAGGAGGUUCGGCGCGACCUGUCUCAGCACGGAGAAUACUGCGAUUAUUACGCUGCACAAGAAAUGGCCAGCGAGGAUCGUGCACUGGUGUGCAAUCCGGUGCGUCGGCUCGACCAGCUGGACCACAUUGUUAAUAAUAUAACUAACCACGAUGUUGUCUCGUUCAUCAACGAUGGGAACGCGAAUGCUAUAUUUCAGAACGCGGUAGUUGCAGAGAGUGCUAAGGCGUUGUCUCCUAUACGCAGCAAGCCGUAUCACCGUUCGUCGAGCAAUACUUUCACCUCCAAAGCCGAGAGAGGUGUUAAAGCAGGCGCUACCUCGCAAAUGACACCCCAAUGCUUUGACGUUAAUGCCAACAGGAUUAGAUCCCCUGCAUCCAUGACUUACGUUACUAAAAGGGGAAGGACAGAGGCGUUUGCAGAUUCACUAGCAAGAGCCUUUGAAUCGCCCAAGAGAAAGUCUAGUCCAGCCAAGUAUGCCACGGAUGAGCCUGACUCUCAAAUGGGCGCGUCUCAGAUGCUCCUUUCCACUAUUGCCGGGUGCAGUGGAAACCCUCUAGAUGAUGCCUUCCAAUUAAGAUCCAGUGCAGCAGAUAACUUAGAUCCCGAGCUCUUGGCAUUUAACUAUGCUGCCCAACAUAUUAAGACAGCAGCAGAAAAAUACUAUUCAGUCCAGCCUGGUCCUCCAUCACAUGUUACAGAAUACCAGAGUCAAUCUAAUAUUUCGUCUCAGCAAUCUCACGAUGUACAACCUGAGCCUCUCCAGAGUGAUAAAAUCGUCGAUGAUGAUACACCUGUUUGCGAAAAGCCUGAAGACAAUAGCGAUAGCAGCACAGAAGGCUUCCAAAUAGUUUCAUCAAAGUCCAUGGAUACCCUUCUCUUGACUCCUACUCCAUCAAGCAUGGAGUCGUUAACCCAAGGUAGGCAGCUGACACAACAAUCAAAAAGCGCAGAUAGUCUUGUUAAGCGUACCAUCAGCUCCAUUCAAAAGCGACCCUCGGUCAAGCAACAGCAAGGGAAAAAUACUCAGGUUCAUCGAGAGGGAGAAAGGACAAAGCGGACUGCAAAGACAUCUAAAAAGCGGCCUACCACCAAACAACAAAAAGUCCCAAAAGAAGCGGGGGCGCAUCAACGGAAAGCCUCACUUACGCGGCCCCAUCAGCAAAUACCCAUGUCUCCAGUGCCUAAUAAGAACAUAGAUUCUGAAGAGUCUACUGCCAGCAUCGUGAGUCAGCAACCAAUCACUGUACUAGCCAAAGCCAAUCCAAAGACCCCUAUAGGAACCACGGCGUCCUUAUCUCAACAACAAAAGAAGGGUGUGCGAAUCCCCACCUUGAAUAUUUUCAGUACUUCAGGCACGAAUACUAACACAAAAAUAUCACGAAAGAAAAAUACAUCGCUACUCGAGGAAAUGGUGAACAAUAAUGUUAUCUCUCAGCCACGACACUCACUAGAAAUGCGAGUGGCACACACAGCAGCACAGGAACUACUUCUUCCCUCGACCUUCAGUCUCAGCAGUACCCCUGGUUCGUCUCCUGCAGCCUCUCGAGUAGCUAAGGCGGCCCUGACGCCUCCACUGCCGUCUCCCGGAACCAAGGGUGUACCACAUGAACCCCCUGAGAGUAUGCGUCUAUCCAUCAUUGAGCAGAGCUCAUCACCACUGGGACAAGCUGGUGAGAGUAGUCUUUACCCCGUGAGAAUCUCGUCGCUGGACUCCAAAACAAAGAAUAUCAACGGAAUGCUCAUUGCACAAAAAAACCUCGCAAAUAGGAUGACAGAAAGCACUUCGGUGUCUCAAUCGUCAAGUGUCGCAGAUAGAAUGCGGGCCUUGACGCCGGAUCAACGCAAACAUCGCCUUAAUUCGAUACUUGAGCGCCGGAGCUCUGCUACCAGGGCCUCGAUAGACUCCAUGAACAGGCUAUCAUUGGAUAUGCAGAUAAGAGGAAGCAUUGAUGCCCAAUACUCUGACUACACCGAUACGCGGAGAGAAACAUCAGUUCUCUCAGACCAGGACCCCCUAUUUCCACGUUCGAGACGUGGGUCCAUAAGCAGAUCAAGACAUGUCACUGAGCGAUUGAGCGCAGCUAUAGGCGCCAGAGAAGAAAGACGAAGCCUUGACGAGUUUGUGGAUGAAACUGAGGACGUAGAAGUACAGGACGCCUUUGUCCAGCGAGAUCAAAUUCUUCGCACCUUGAAGCUUGACACCAAAACACGAAAGACGUUGCGUAAGAUACGGGCAUUCCUGCUGUUGGCACUAAUUGGGAAUGCAUUGAUGAGCAGAAAUACGGAUCAUACCCCACGUGGAUCUCCGAGAAAUAGGCGCUACAACUUUAAACAAAUGUACAACAGACACAGGAACUUGACCCAUGCUCUGGACUACGAUGCUAAUAUACCCGCUAUGAAGAUCCGUAAGUAA